AUGGCUGAUGAAAUUGCAUCAGCAAUGGAGCAGGAAAUGGUGGAAGAACAGGCUAUAAAGAGCCCAAGGCCUUCAGCAAAGAGACAAAGGAAAGGAUCUCCUGACGCCCGAGAAGAAACAGAUAAAGAACGUGUAGACGAUAGUCUUCUGCAAGAUGCACGUAGAAUCAAAGAAAAAAUCAGGGUCUACAUGAACGCAACAGACAGGAACGUGAGUGCGAAGGUACAAAAGCACGUUAAUGGAAAAAUUCAGCAGUUAAUAGAUAUAAUGGAGACAAUAUAUGAUAAGAACUAUGAAAAAAUGUUUUUAGUAAAACGUGUGGUAAAGGACACAUUAGCUUCCUCUGAAAUCUCAUUCAUUAACUCAUCCAUCGCUCCGUUGGCUGAAAAGCCGAUAGAAGCUCAUUACAACUACAUCCUUCCGAAAAACUUACAUCAUACAGCCCUGUUAUCAAUUAGGACAGCGGAUGACAAACUAUAUCGCACAUAG